AUGGACAAAUGGACGGCACAAAAUGGUAAAAUGAUCAUCAAUAUUUUGGUGAAUUCUCCAAUCCGUAGUGUAUUUCUUGGUUCUGUUGAUGCUAGCAAUGAAUCUAUCGAUUUCACCAAAAUGUACAACUUGUUUGAAAGAACUAUUGAAAGAAUUGGAUCGGAAAAUGUUGUAAAAAUUGUCACCGAUAAUGCUAGUGAGAAUGCUAAAGCGGGAAGCAUGAUGAUGGAUGCGUACCCAUACAUUUAUUGGACUCCAUGUGUUGCUCAUUGCAUCAACUUGGUAUUUGGUGACAUAUUCAAGAUUAAUCCAUAUGCUUCUGUUGUUCGGGCACUUAUAAUUUGUGGCCCUUUGACAGUAGUGCUUCAUUUGGUGGAUGAGGAGAAAAAACCACCAAUGAGCUAUAUAUAUGAAGCAAUGGAUAAAUCCAAAGAAACUAUUGAGUGGGGUUUUCCUGGAGUUAAGAAGCAAUAUGAGAAAGUGUUUAAAAUUAUUGAUGCAAGGUGA